AUGCUGCAACACCGAUUUAGAAGAAGAGAAGUUGAUCCUUAUAACGCUACAAGAUUACUGAGAGGCGAACAAUACCUAACGGCGCGUCUCAACGGCCUCACACUAAAACGCAUACUGGAUAUGGAUACUGGAUGUAGAGGCGCCCGAGCGGCGCGCGUUUCGGCAGCGACGUUGAACACGCGCGUUUACCGAACGGCGCUGCUCAAGCGCGUGACUUUGAAACGCAACUACAAACCCAAUACAUAUCUGAACGCGCGCGCACCAACAGCGCUGCCGAGACGCGUAACGAUAAAACCAGCCUAA